CGUGAAUUGAUGAUCAGACGGAGCCUUGCGCGGUAGAUCAGGAGGGGUUGGACUUCCAGAUUCACCGACUCGGAGCCCCGCUCCUUGGAACUUCCCAAUUGCCCUGAUUUUGUCAUUUAAAGACCCGGGGUGUGUGUGUUGGUACAAGACGGAUUGUUCCCCCUUCGCCGCUCUCCCAGAACUGCAUCGUUGUUGCUCAAUCUCCCUUGAUCUUCUCCCACUUUGAAUCCUCCCAUCCAUCUACAUAAGGUGCCUCAAAUCGAGGCACCUUUCCUGCCUGCACUACUCACCUGUGCCGAGAAUCUCUCCCCUUUACGUCCUGGAUAUAUGUAGCGGUUGCAAUGGCCUGUAGCGUCACUGAAAUCUGCGAUGAGAAAGGAUACAACGAGUUUAUGAAGGGUACCGUGGUCCUUAACUUAUAUUCCAAGACGUGCUGGCCUUGCACAAUGAUAUCGCCAGUGUUUGACAACUUCUCCUACGACGAGGACUUUGCGAACAUUAGGUUUGCCAAGGUCAAUCGUGAUGUUCCUAAUGAAGGGCUGCGGGGAAAGCUGUCCAAAUUUAACAUCUCCGCUACGCCGACUUUUCUUCUCCUCCGAGACGGGGUCAUGGUCGAGAGCGUAGUCGGGGCCGACGUGGAGGGCUUGAUGAGAAUGUUAGAAAAGACGGCAGAGGAGGACAAACCGGCCGCAACAGGUGAGGUGAAGAGCCCAGAGGCUGGGACAGUGGGUACUAUGUCGGGUGGUAAGGGAGGGAAGGAUGGAUGCACAGUGUAAGUACCGUGUAGGUUAAAUAACUACGUAUGCGGUUCAGAGUAUAAUGUGCGUGAUAAGCAUGCGACGCAGAUAAGGGAGCGAUGCACUUUCCACUCUAAUAGCCUAAGAAAUUCGCCAAAAUAUACUAGAAUUAAAA